CUCACACACUGGUCAGAUAGGAGUGAGAGGAGGAUGUAAAGGAGCAAGUGAGGAAAGAGAAAUGAUGACAACUACAAAAAUGAAUGUUACACUCAAACAAGAAGGUUCAUCAAAAAGAGGAAUGUGUCAUCUUUUCACGGCUCUAUAAGGCCUCAAUCCAGUAUCUCUCAUCAAGUCCUUCUUUUCAUCUAGCCAUUAUUCCUGUCUAGUUUCUUAUCAAACAUUCUGUCUAUUGAAGACGUCAGUUAAUUCCCACUCUGCGCUCUUCAGAAAUGACCCCCUGUCACAUGAAUUUCUUGCACGCUGGAUUCCUUUUAAAUCACAGAACAUUGUAAUUCACUAUCAUUUCCUCUUCUUUUUUGUGCUUUCUAUUAAUACACCUCUCUGCGUUCUCAUUAUCCAUCCGUCCGCCUAACUCCAGACGAAUCUCUCUUGUCUCCUGAUUUUUGCUUUAGUUAUUUGUUUGUCUCCUUUCUUGACUUUGCCUCUGGGAGUUUCUCCAAGCAUUGUUGCUGCCAUGUGGUCCAACUUAUUUUUGCAGCAGGAUGGCGACGGGAGAGUGGGUACGGCGGCUUUGGGUGGAGUUGGCAGUAAGAGCGGGCGUUCAGGUAAACGGUCAAGGCCCCCUCGAAUGAGUGACAGCCAAGAGGGCAAGAUCAAGCUGGCAUUUUUCCUCACUCUCAUUGGUGUGACUCUGACGGUGCUUGGCAUGGGCACAGAGUUCUGGGUGGAGCUAUCCCAGCCAAAACACUUAAGGAACAACCAGACAUGUGAGAUGGCACAUUACGGCCUUUGGAAAUCAUGCGUUCGCACGCUAUGGGUGUCAGAUAUUGACCCAGAGAGAGAGAGCUGUGGACCUGCAGAACUGCAUGGAGAAUCAAACUGCACAUUCUUUAAAUUCUACACUUCUGGAGAGAAUGCUAUCAUAUUUAAGAAAACGACGGAAAAAAGUUUGCAUAUAGCAGGUGCAAUGUUGGCUUUGUUGAGUUUGUUUCUGAUGAUCAUGGGCUCUGUGUGCAUCACCAUGUCUCUCAGUAAGAGUGUGCCCUUCUUCCUCAAGCCUGCUACCAUCUGCUUCGUCUUCUCAGGUAUCCUGGUCCUCCUGUCCAUCAUAGUUUUCCACCAGUCUGUGCUGGCGUUAUUGGCAAGCGAUCACAGUAUCCCUCUCCAUCACGAGUUGUCCUGGUCAGUGGCGUGUCUUGGCUCGGCUGGGGCCAUUCUCAUUUUUGGAGGGCUUAUGUUCCUGUUGCUUUCCCUCCCCUACAACCCCCUGGAGAAAUGUUUUCGUCAGCAGAGCAGUAGUGAUGCCUAGCUGUCAGAGGACUGCCAGCGAGUUAAGUAGCACAAAAUCUUUUAUACUCUUAUGCAGCUUGUGGAGAUUAACUAAUGUUAUAAAGGACUCUCAAAAGCUAAUGUUUUGCAAUAACUAGAAUUAGUUUGCUCAUUGAUAAGAUUAUAUAACUUAAUGCUCAUACACGACUAUGAAAUUUGAACUGAUAUUUCUAUGAUGGUUAUGUACAUAAAAUCAGUGACCAACCGAUCUGUUUACUGUCUUGAAAGGCUUCAUUUACACAGCAUGCUGUUAUUAUGCAUUGUCCCUUUAUCUACAUUUGUAAAAGAAACUUUAUUUGAUUACUAGGUAUAUCAUAUUGACUUGUCAGGUAUUUGUGAGUUGAAAGUGUUAAUUUUUUUUUUUUUUUAUGCCAUCCUAUCAAUGCUAAAGCCUGGUUCCCACCAUGAAAGAUAACUAUAUUAGUGUCAGAUAACAUUCUGGUUAUUAUAAGAGCACACUGCUGUUUCAAAUGCUUGAGCUCUUUAAAGUUGAGUGGAUUCUGUUUUGGCUGUCAGUGCUUUUAUCUUUCAUCAGCUAGAAAAAAAAAAACAGUUCUGAAUAUAAUUCCCAUAUUUUCGUUUCUCUGUGACAUUUUCAGUAUAGCUGUGGUUCUCUAUUCUUAUAAAAUUAGAAUGAUUAUUCAAACUUUAUAUUUAUAGUUACCAUUAUAGUUAUAGUCAUUGGUGCAAACAGUCCUUUAGAAUAAAACUGCAAACCAGCUUUACAAGUUUAUGCUUUUGAGAGAUGGCUUGUGUACCAUCAAAGCCAUUCUGUUUAAUAAGAAAACUUGGCAGGUGAGUUUCAUUGACUUGAAUGAUGUUUAUAGUGAAACCAUAGUUUGUCCAGCUUAAAUAGUCUUUCUAAUUAAGAUAGCUGUGAAACCAAAUGGGAAAAAUCAGCAAACUAGCAUCACAAUGCAUGCUGGUGACUAGCUACAGUGAUCCCAAAAUCCAUUCAAAUGGAAAUGGAAAUAUUAAUGCAUUUAAGUUUCCAAAUUUUGUUUUUUGGAUCACUUUAUACUGAUCUUUUCCCGAUGGUUUUCAGUGAACAAAGUCAUCAGCAGACUAGAUAUAGAUUUCAAUGCAUAGAUUUAAUGGGAUGGUUUACUAUUUACAGUUGAAUACAAAAGUUUACAUAAACUUUGCAGAAUCUUCAAAAUGUAAAUUCUUUUAAAUAAAGAGGGAUCAUGCAAAAUGCAUGUACGUUUAUUUAGUACUGACCUGAAUAAGAUAUUUCACAUAAAAGAUGUUUACAUAGAGUCCACAAAAGAAAAAGAAAAAAAUUAUUAAAAAUGUCUCAAAAGUUUAAAUACACUUGAUUAUUAAUACUGUUAUUGUCUGAAUAAUCCACAGCUGUGUUUUUUUGUUUAGUGAUAGUUUGUCCUGAACAGUUAAACUGCCUGCUGUUCUUCAGAAAAAUCCUUCAGGUCCCACAAAUUGUUUGAUUUUCCAGCAUUUUUGUGUAUUUGAACCAUUUCUAACAAUGGAUCUAUGGUUUUGAGGACAACCGAGUGAUUUAAUAUGCAACUAUUACAGAAGGUUCAAACACUCACCAUUGCCUCAGAAGGGAACACAAUGCAUUACAAGCACGGGGCUGAAAACUUUUGAACAGAAUGAAGAUGUGUACAUUUUUCUUAUUUUGCCUAAAUAUCAUAUCUUUUCAUUUAGUGCUGCCCUUCAGAAGCUACAGAAUAUACAUGUUUCCCGGAGGAGAAAAUAACUAAAAUUUACCCUAAUCUUCAAACUUACAAUCUUGCAUCCCUGGCUUUUAAUGCAUAGUUUUUUCCUUCUGAAUGGGGUCAUUUUUAGAAAUUCGACUUUUUUUUCUGUGGACUAUAUCUAAACAGCUUUUCUGUGAAAUAUCUUAUUUAGGUCAGUACUAAAUAACAUUCAUUUUGUAUGAUCUCUCUUACUUUGGUAGAAUAAUUAACAUUUUGCAGAUUCUGCAAGGUGUAUGUAAACUUUUGACUUUAACUGUAUAUAAACGUAAAACAAUGCUUAUUACAAUACACUUGAAACAGAUGUGUUUCUAUUGUGUGUAUAAAAUAUUGAUUGUAUGGAAUCAAUUGAUGUGGAUGAUAUGGACCCACUGUUGAACCACAUUUCUCUGUAAAUACUGUGUUUAUAUUGUAUUCCUGCUUUUCAUUAUCCUUAUACUGAAGACCCUGUCCUUCACUGAACUUUCUUCUUCUUUCUUUCACGUCUGUUCUUCACUUGGUUGAUUGUGUCACUCUAUAUUCGUCGCGCUCUUUCUCGUUCACUAGUUUUGCUUGAGGAUUAAAUCUCUUUCACCUAA